AUGACACUUAUCGAUUCAGAUUCUGACGAAGAAUUUGAGAUAGCAAGACAACUUGUGGAAAAAGAAGGAUCAAGCUCACGUGGUUCUUCUAAAAAAUCACGUAAAUUCAUAAGGCAUGAUCGAUUGCAAGCCCACCAAAAUCUUUUUCCUGACUAUUUUGCUGAUCCUCCAAUCUAUCCUCACAAAUAUUUUCAAAAAAGGUUUCGAAUGAGUCGUUCUCUAUUUCUUCGUAUCCAAGCUGUGGUAGAAGCCCAUAAACCUUAUUUUGUCCAAAGACGAGAUAAUUCUGGAAGGCUUGGUUUUUCUUCCCUUCAAAAAAUAACAGUUGCUCUGAGGAUGCUUGCAUAUGGUGUCACGGCUGAUUUUAUGGAUGAAUAUUUGAAGAUUGGAGAGACUACGGCAUUAAGAAGCCUAAAAAUGUUUGUUAGAGCAGUUGUUUCAAUUUUUUCUGAAGAGUACUUAAGAAAACCCAACAAUAAUGACAUUGCUAGACUGCUAGCAGUUGGUGAAAAAUGUGGAUUUCCAGGUAUGUUAGGGAGCAUCGAUUGUAUGCACUGGAAGUGGAAGAACUGCCCAACUGCUUGUUAUGGUAUGUACUCUGGUCAUAUCCACGAACCAACAAUUAUUUUAGAAGCAGUGGCUUCUUACGAUCUAUGGAUUUGGCAUGCUUUUUUUGGAUUACCGGGAUCUCAUAAUGAUAUAAAUGUGCUUGAUCGAUCAUUUAUAUUUUCUGACCUUGGUCAAGGGCUUACUCCGACUGUUAAUUACACUAUUAAUGGUCAUAACUAUGCAAUGAGAUACUAUAUUCCUGAUGACAUUUAUCCACAAUGGGCAACAUUUGUUAAGACCAUCUCAGCUCCUCAAGGAAACAAGAAAAAAUACUUUGUUGCAGCCCAAAAGUCCGCAAGGAAGGAUGCGGAGCGUGCUUUUGGUGUGCUUCAAACAUGA